AUAUUUUAACCUGAAUAUGUUUUAUUCAAAGUUUACAAUACUUAUAAAAUAGUUUGUGAUAAUGGGAGUGGGAAAAAGUGUUAAUGUGGUUGAAGAUGAUCUUGAUUUUUAUGAGGAGCUUACUGUUAUAAAAAGUGUUUCUUCUAGUAACUGUGAAAAUGUAAUACGCCUUUAUGUUUGCCCUUUUGAAUUUAAAGCUGGUCAAGGAAGUUUUGAGAAAGGUUCCUGCCUGAAUCCUUCCAGCUCGUUUGUUGUUAUACUGGUUGAUCAGUUUUCACUGAAAAAAUGUUUUAAAAUCUACCAGACAGAGUCUGCUCAAGACGCAGAAGUCAAUUUCAAUGAACUUAGUAAAGUUUUGUUACCAUUUGUUGAUCAAUUUAAAAGUAUUUAUACAACAACUACUCUGAGUUCAUUAAUAAAAUUAUGUCGUUCUAAUCCAUCAUGGGAUGUAAAAAGAAUUGCAGAAAGUUUGCUCCUUCCAGAGCUGAAGGAAACUAGAGAUUCUUCUAUGCACGAAACUAAUGAAGAAGAGCAAAUGCACCAGCAAGCUACAAUUGAGUUGAUCCUACGCGAAGAACCCAAAUUUGCUCAUGAUUUUUUUGGUAGUGCACCUCUUCAAUAUUUGACUGUGCACCAUCCAGAGCUAGUCACUAAUUUUGUUUCAACAAUUGAUUUGUUGCAACAAACAGGUAAAGACUUCAAAGGAGCUUUAGAUAAUAUAACUAAGUAUACAGAAUCACCAAUACAUGUGGCCAUUAGAUUGUCCCAGGAGAGUGUACUUCAGUUUUUAUUAGAGAGGGGUGUUAGUACAACAACGUUAUGUGGUCAUGCAUAUCCUAUUCAUCUUACAAUGAAGCAUGAAAGUAAAGGGUGUCUAAAACUUCUGUUAGAGCAUGAUCAAGAUUGUAUUUUUCUUAAAGAUAAGAAAUAUAAUGGUUCUGCACUGCAUUGGGCCAAAAAUACUGAGCAAAUUGAUGUUUUGGCAAGUUAUCAAAACAUUGAUUUCAAUGUUCGUAAUUUUAACAAUGAAACUCCACUUCAUAUAAUGGUGCUACGAAAACGUUUAUCACCCUGUAUAGCAUUGAUUUAUAAUGGUGCCGAUGUUAAUGCCCAAGAUCAAAAUGGUGUAACUCCAUUACAUCAUGCUGUGUUGCAAGAUGAUUUAGAUAUUUUAAGAUGUUUGCUUUUUCUUGGAGCUGAUGUUAGCAUUAAAGACAAUAGUGGUAAAACUGCAAUGGAUUACAUUGACCUUAAUCAAAAAUGUUCCAAAGAUAUUAAAGAAAUUUUUUCUCUUUUUGAAAUUGACAAAAAUAAAAUUAAAGAAUGUGAGAAAGUCCAACCAUCUAAAAUUCCAUCACGCACACAAUCUAUUUUGAAAAUGAAGACAAAUAAAGAAGCUGUUCUUUCAUUAGAUGGUGGUGGAAUGCGUGGGUUAAUUUUAACAGAAAUAUUGCUGACAAUUGAAACAUUAACUGGAUGCCAAAUAUAUGACCUAUUUGAUUGGAUUAGUGGAACUAGUACUGGCUCCUUUUUAGCACUGUCAAUAGCAAAUGGUAAAAGUCUUCGGUAUAUGCAACGUGCAUACUUACGUCUUGGUCGCAGUUGUUUAGUUGGAAUUAGGCCUUACUCUACUGAACUAAUAGAUUCAUUUCUGAUGAGUGAAUUUGGUGAGGAUAAAAAAAUGAAUGAAGUGGAAUACCCAAAGUUAAUUAUACCAGCAGUGCUAGCAGACAGAAGACCAGCUAUGCUUCAUUUUUUUCGUAACUACGAUGCUCCAUAUGAUGAUCAUUAUCGAAUCAGAGAUGCUAGAUUUCCCCGACCUCCAUUACCUUCUGACCAACUGAUGUGGUUAGCAACAAGAAGUUCUUGUUCAGCACCAUCAUAUUUUCGAUCAACUGGUCGUUACUUAGAUGGAGGGCUUAUAGCCAAUAAUCCUACACUUGAUACAAUAUCUGAAAUAUACAAGUAUAAAAAGUACCUUGGUAACACAAGUGAACAACAAGCUGCUAAUAUACGGGUUAUUGUUUCUUUAGGGACUGGUCGAUAUGCUUUGCAGCCGUUACGCCCUAUAGAUAUAUACCGCCCUUCGUCGUUAUGGGACACACCAGAAAUUGUAGACAAUUUAAAAGGUUUUGUUGAUCUAAUGAUAGACCAGGUGUCUGCAAGUGAUGACCAUGUUGUCGAUCGUGCUCAAAGCUGGUGUGAAAUGACAGGAAUAAACUAUUUUCGUUUUAAUCCAACUCUUUCAAACAGCAUAGAUUUAAAUGAAAUUGACGAUCGACUAAUAUUAAGUAUGGUUUGUGAUGUUAGGAAACUGAUUGCCAGUAGGUUGGAUGAUCUCUGUAAAGUUGCGAAUCUUUUAUUGGGAAACGAAUAGUUUUUUUUCUUUUAUUUAUUUCUUAGUAUUGGAAUUUUUAUAGAUUAUUUAAAAUUUCUAUUUUGUAACAAUUUAUUUAUUCUCCAUUUUGUUUAUAAAGUUUAGAAUUGUUAAUAUACUUCUUAAAUUCUUAAUACUCAUA